AGAAAAAGAUGGGAAGUUAUACUUUUCUUCUUGUCCUAAACAAACAAACAUUUAUUACUGAAAUGUACUGUCAAUGUCCCCUUAUCUAGAAAAAUGCAACAUACACACACCCCUCCAUCACACAUUAUUUCACUCUUCAACCUCCCCAAAAAAAACUCAACACAGACAGAAGAGGUCAAAAAUCAAUGAACAAGCCUUCUUCUAGUCAUAUGUCUGGAGCAAGCACUAUGGAUAUGUCGGCAGCUCCGCCGAUGCCAGCUACUACAAACAAUCAUGGCAAUCCAAUGAUGCACAUGACGUUUUUCUGGGGUAAAAACGCCGAAAUUCUCUUCUCAGGUUGGCCUGGAUACAAUAACAACAUCGGUAUGUAUAUUUUAGCACUCUUUGUAAUAUUUACGAUUGGUUUCGCCAUCGAGUGGCUCUCUCAUACUGAUUACAUAUCGAGGAGUGAGAACAACGUGACAGCAGGGUUGAUUCAGACUGUGUUGUAUGGAGUGAGAAUCGGGUGUGCGUACCUCGUCAUGCUGGCUGUUAUGUCAUUCAAUGGAGGUAUUUUUGUUGCAGCAAUUGUUGGACAUACGUUAGGUUUUUUGGUUUUUGGAAGUAAGGUUUUUAAGAAAUCUACACCGUUGAUGGCUUAUGCUAAAGCAUCUGAGCUUCCUGCUUGUAAUUGUUGAUAUAAUGAAAAUUGAAAUAAAGAUAUUUAAUAGAUAUUUUAAUGUUGGAAAUUGAAUGGUAA